GGUACUCAUCACUGAAACGAAAGAGCACCAUAUCGACAUUUCCUCUGUUGUCCAUGAUCUUAAGGAAGUGUACACGUUAUCCCUUGUUGCAAACAACGGGACCGCCAAGUCAUCUGAAACAAAAAGUUCAUUCAGCUAUUCCAGCGAUUAUGAUCACGUUUUACGUUGUUACAUGGACUUCCCGACUCCAACUCUUCAGGCUGAAGAAAACAGGAUAACAUUUAAGUUUGCUAAUCCUUGUUUUUAUGGAUAUGAAUUCGAACAUGGAACUGAUGAUGGGACUCACAAGUGCCCUGAUGACGAUUUUCCCUUUACAUAUAGCAUCUACACUUCUCAUGAUGAGAAGGAGUCACAAUUUGAGUGCUCUAAAGAGCUGUGUGAAGGCGAGAUACCAGUAAACCUUGACAACUGCACCUCUCUGGAGCUGAGAGGAGACAUCGACACCAUUGGCUACAGGACAUCUAAAGACUUCUGUAACCCGACUCCUCAAAAGGGUGAAGACUUAAUGUUCUGGCCUCACAGAUCCUUAUCUGCUCGCCAGGCAGGUGCCUGGCCCAUUUUGCUAAUCGUGGUGAUCUGUGUGACUGUCAUUGCUGGACUUGUCGGUUUACUCCUGGGAAUGCGGAAACUGGCCAAAGAUGUGAUUAAGUCCUACGGCUUGCCUAGCACUCUACAUAGCAGACCAGCCUCAGCUCCCGAGCGCCUUCUCCAUCCAGAGCCUACCCAGGGAGGACACACCCCUUUGCUUCUCUCACCCAAAGACUCCCCUACAGACACCCCGAUAACCAUCGUGACUCCUGAAGACAGCCGAGAGCAGACUCACUUCCCCAUCACGUCUCCUGAAGACAGCCAAGAACAGACUCACUUCUCCAUCCGUGGCACCCAGCCCCCCAGCGGCGAUUACCAUGACGAUGACAACAGCAACCUCACCAGCCUGGAGCAGCCUGGAAGUGGCUACGAAUCCCGUCUAGGGGGAGUGGCUGACUCCGACCCGGAACCCGAGGAGGUCAUGUGUGAACGAAAAGAAGACGCCGGCGAUGACGAUGACGGCUACAUGCAGAGAGAGCGGUUUGGUGACGACUCCGAUGGCAGGAGGAGGUCUCUUGUUAUUGAGAUGGCACCAGGGGAUUGCGUGAGUGGUUACGAGCCCACCCUGUCCCAGGAAGCUCUGGGGUAGAACUGCACCAAACAUCUUCUAGUAGAGUGAGAUACUUCAAGCGCGUGCAUUUCCUGGGUCCCUGAUGUCAGGUGAACGCCCCUUUAACCCCUUAAGACACGACAUACUAAAUUACAUGUAGCUGUUACCAGAAUGGCAAUGACUAAACCGUAAUGUAUUACUAAAGGCCCCGUGCACUGUCAUAGUAGUGUAGUACUAUAGUAGUUAACUUUCAAUGUCUAUUACAGCGUGUCACAGGAGGUACGGCGUGCUACGAGACCCUUGGUUAGGACACCUUUGGAGAUUUUAGGUUGAGAAUGAGUGGAGUUCCCUUGGCGAUGUAGAUGGCGGUAGUGCACAUCUUAGCAAGCCGUCACCAAAUGCCAAAGGAAGAGAGGAAGAAGGAGGGGACAAUGCCCCCUUAGGAGACCGAGCUUGAGCUCACUUCUUUGCAUUGGGUGGGCGGAGUUUGAAUCCUCUUACUCUACUAGAAGAUCUUUGACUGCACUGCGCUCUACCAGAGACUGUCUGUAUUAGGAGACGGAAAACUUCAGAAAGCGCCCAUAGGAAAGAACGAGUGCAAUUCGUCACGCUAAUAUGGUGCGUGCUUGCACAUAUCCCACCUGUCCGGCAACAAGAGCCAAUUGCUUGCUGAGCUGCGCUGUCAUUUAUCCAAUCACUUUGCUCCCUCGACGCGUAACCUUUCACGACUGCUCAAACCCAAUCGGUAUGCCCUCAGAAUCUGCUUCCGCUGGUCGGUUGCUGAUGACAUGUGCGGCUUCCAUCGGGUAGCUACUCGCGUGGGGUUGCAACAGAGUCCGCGGCCACUUGAUCCCACAGACCGUGAAGCAGAACGUACGUAUGUCGUGAAAUUCCGCGUAUGUGUAAUCUAAAAUUGCGCCCCUGAGGCGUAGCCAAGAUGGCUGCCGAGAGAAAUGACUUAAUUUAAUUGACUUUGGCUCUACCUCCUGGGGGUAGAAGCCUAAUGCCACUCUGGCCAGAAGUGAAUGUAGCAUGUCUGGACCGUAAGGCUGAUGUGAGGCACUUCAAAGUACCAAGAAAAACACACAGGCCAAUCAGGAGUGCUGCGGCCGUCCUCAUUUUCAUUUCAUGUGAUGUCUACACCGUAGGAGUGACUGGUUUUCUCUGACAACCAUUUCAACUGUGUCUUUUUGUGGAUUUACUACAUAUUAAUUCUUUAAAAGAUGGGGUUAGGGUUAAAGAUAACAGGGUUGAAGGCAUUUAUUGGUGGAAAUGUGUUUUUUUGAGGAUGUUUUUUGCUCUUCUGAUGGUAUAAGGUUUUGCUUUCUGAUGUCUCCAAUACACGGUUCUCAGGUGUGUGUGGAAUGUUAAGCAAGGCAACUGGCGAGUGUCGGGUUAGAGAAAGGGUUCAUCUUGGCAUCCUCCUUGAUCUGCCGUCAUCCGAAAGUUCCCAAUAGUCAGUUCUUUUCUUCUCAGUGUCAAAGUCCUUCAGAACAGUUCGCCUGUGCUUGAGUUUCAGAAAGGACAUUUUUAUGUUACUGUUUUUUAGUGUAUCAAAAUGCUGCAGUGUAAGUACACAAUGUUACAGGCUGUUACAGUACUUUGUUAAACUGUACCUAAUGUAUGUAUCAGUGACGGUGAAAUAUACUGACCAUGUGAACUCUUUUAUAGAUGCACUGUGUAAUAUUUUUAAGUAGUUUAUUUCCAUGAUGUCCAUUCUUAAAGUUUUUCAUUCAUGAAAAGGUGGAUUUUCUC